GUGAUAUAUAUUACGAAUAUGACACUUCGGGAGUAUGGUCUUUUAAUAGAAGGAGUUUUGGGAUUUAUUUUGUUCUGACUAAAAGGACAUAAAAGUGGAUUGUGGCGUCGCAGAACAACUUUUUUGUUUGUUGGGUUUUUUUGUGUGUCUCUGAGUGUUUGUUUGGAGUUACCUGUGCGAGCUUCAGACAUCAGCCAUGUUCCUGUACUCGUAGCAUCCUGGGCUUUUCAAUUUACUCCAUCUCGCCUUUUUUUUCUCAAAAACGUUGAUGGCUUAAACCCUCGAACUUCACGAUGGCUGAUGUUGAGAAUGGCGAUCAGAUGUCGGACACGAUGAGUGUGCGGACGGUGGGCAGUCAUUUCGGAGACGAUGGAGAAAGCUCGUUCGGCUCAGACUCCGAACUCAACGGAUCUCCGCCGUUCGGGGAGACCGACAAGUACGGCUUUAUCGGAGGAGCGCAGAAGUAUUCGGCCGAAUCGGCUCAGGAGGUUCCCCCGGAGGUGUUGAGGCAGAGAGAGCUGAAAUGGUUAGAGAUGCUGAAGGACUGGGACAAGUGGAUCAACAAGAGAUUCAAGAAGGUAAGGCUGCGAUGUCAGAAAGGAAUCCCUCCAUCAAUGAGAGGAAGAGCCUGGCUGUACCUGUCUGGGGGAAAAGUGAAGAGGGAGAGAAACAGUGAAACCUUCAAGGAGCUGGACAGCAGAGAGGGUGAUCCAAAGUGGGUAGAUGUGAUCGAGAGAGAUUUACACAGACAGUUCCCUUUCCAUGAGAUGUUUGUGUCACGAGGAGGACACGGGCAGCAGGAUCUGUUGCGAGUGUUAAAGGCCUACACGCUUUACAGGCCUGAUGAAGGUUACUGUCAGGCUCAGGCUCCUAUCGCUGCAGUUCUGCUCAUGCACAUGCCUGCUGAGGAUGCAUUUUGGGGUCUCGUUCAGAUCUGUGAGAAAUACCUUCCUGGUUACUACAGCGCAGGUUUGGAGGCAGUUCAGCUGGACGGAGAGAUCCUGCACUCGCUGUUAAAGCGAGUGUGUCCCAUCGCAUAUCGACACCUGGACAAGCACAAGAUCGAGCCGGUGCUUUACAUGAUGGAGUGGUUCAUGUGCGCUUUCUCCAGGACUCUGCCCUGGGCUUCGGUUCUCAGAGUGUGGGACAUGUUCCUGUGUGACGGAGUGAAGAUUAUAUUUCGUGUGGGCUUGGUGUUGUUGAAGUCUAUGUUGGGAUCUCGAGAUAAGCUGAAGGCCUGCCCCGGUCAAUAUGAGACUAUGGAGGUUCUACGAGCAAUUGAACCCAGAUACAUGCAGGAGGCCUUCUUAGUGCAGCAGGUUCUGGAGUUGCCGGUCUCUGCGCGGGACGUGGAGCGCGAGCACCGCAGGCAGCUGAAGCGAUGGAUGAAAAAGCGUGGCGAGCCCAGCCGCAAACUCAUUCAAAGAAUGCACAGUGCCCGUGACAUCAUGGCCACCGAGCCUCAUACGCGCCACGACCUCCACCAGAACCCCACCAUCAUCGUCCGAUACCCGUCGAUUCCCGAGGAAAAUUCGGAGCCGAGCCUACGGAAGAAAAGAGGGACCCUGAAGAAAAACCAAACCCCUGUUCCUAGCAUCCCCAACCCCUACGCCCUACCUAGCCAGUCUAAACAUGAUCAGGUCUCAGAAACACAGCCUCUGAACCAGGAAAAUCAAGACGCAAUACCUCCCCACCCGCCAACGCUUCCACCCCCGCUUCCUCCAAACCAGGAAAAUCAGCUGAAAGACUCGAAUACUUUUACAGAGCCGCUCGUGCAGACGUCCUGGCAUUCAGACGUCAAUCAAAAACCGCCAGAAUCGCUCCCUAUUGAAAAUCUAUCGCUCCUAACUGCUCCUGUAGAUGACUCGACUUCAGAGUGGCGUCCCCACCUCCUGGAUUUACCUCCCGUCCAGUUCAGGGAUCCUAGCCCUGACCAUGAUGACCUCCAUAAUAAUACUGAAAACUCAGCCGCCAUUUUAAAUCCGUCUCCAGACAAAAGUCCUGUGUUUAAGGACAACGCACCUGUCCGUGACGACUCAAGUGCUGCCACUGAGGGCAAAAACGGUGCUCUGUUCAACUCCGCAGAGAGCAUCAACAGCUCAGAGGACACUUACCUGUAGCUCGCUCGUCGUUGCCACCUGGUGGUUUGGAGGACCCGGAGGUUGCAAUGCUGGGAGAUAUAUAUAUAUUUACGUUAAUUUUACAUUCACUAGCUUAUUAGAGUAAAAACAGGGGUUCGGCUGAAAUGGCGUGACCCGUGUGACAUUUGGAAACGAAUGUCUUAAUAUCAAAUUUAAACAAUUCACUCACAGAAGCUGCGAAGAUGUGUUGUGAUGUCUGUUUGUUUCUAUACUUUUGCACUCGAGAGUCAGGCGCCAGAUAUGCCUUUAAUUGUUUUUAAUUAUUAUUUUUUUAAUUCAACAGCUAAGAACGAUUCACCUGAGAUGCUGAGAUGAAUAGAAUUGGAGCGGUGGUCCGACUCGACAGACAUUGUAGAGAACGCCUGCCAAAUUGUGCACCAGAUGAGUCUUUAGUUAUAUACGUAAAAGAAAAAGAGGAGCAAACUGAUGACGUUUAUAAAAGCGUAUACUCAGACCUGUCGUAUUGUACGCGUAUGUUAUACAUUUCAGAUUCUUGGAACUUUGUGACACGUGAUUUCCUGGAGAGUCGCACUACUUUAGAACCAACUUUCAAAUCCAGAUUUUGGAGGUUCUUAGGAGGCUCUGUACCUGAGGCUGUACAUCUGAUGUGCUGCAUUGCAGGCUGGGGGUCUGACUGUCUAGCCCCGAGUGUCUAUGUCCGAGUCUGAGGUUUGUGUCUUCAUGCCUGAGAAUAUACACCUGAGGAUUUUUUUUAUUUGGGGCUGUACAUCUGAGACUCUACGUCUAUCGGUGUCUGGGGAAAGGUCUAGGUUCUGAUGCUCUGCAUCUGAGGUUUGACUUCUAAAACCCUUCCUUUUACUUUCUAUUUGCUUCCUGUGAUAUUACAACACAAAUGAGGUCAUCGUGGCCUGUUUAUAUAUUAAUGAGAUGAGUUAAAACCACAGUGGGCAUGUACCAAUAUUCACUUUCCAUAACACUUCUUUAUAUCAAUACUGUAUUUUUAUUUUUUAUUUAUACAUUAUGCAGAAUAGUCCAGUCGAUUUUUAUAAUUUUUUAUUUGAUUUUAUUUUUUAACCUCAAUUUUCCAAUUACAUAAAAGAAAAGUUGCCUACUUGGUAUGACUUGCCAAUUAUAAUAAUAAUAAUAAUACACUAUUAUUUAAAUUA